AUGGCGAGCAAGCGCCUGGACGCCGUCAAACUGGCCAAGAGCUCGCGCUGGGAGGAGCUGCGGCGCCUCGUGGACGCCGAGCCGGCCACGGCGCAGCAGAUCGCCAUCAAGGCGCAGGCGCGCAUCGAGUGGCUGCAGGCGCUGCUGGCCUCGUACCCGGACGCGGUGCUCAAGAAGUCGCCCUCGGGCGAGAACGCCGUGCAGCUCGCGCGCAAGGCCGGCUUGCCCAGCCGCAGCGUCAAGCUGCUUGAGGAGAUGUACCACCACGUGUGCGCCAAGGAGGGGCUACCCGACCAGCUGGCCAUCGAGGAGCAGGAGGCCAGGCUGCAGCAGGAGACCCAGCAGCAACAGCAACAGCAGCAUGAGGAGGAGGGCCAACUCCGGCCCUCCGAGCGCUUCCAGGCCAUCGCAGGAGACCUCCCCGUGCCGCAGCGGGUCAGCGCCGUGCAGUAUGGCCAGCGCCAGCGCCGGCUCAGCAGCACGGCCUCGCUCAAGAUGCGAUCUUUCUCGGACAACGACUUCUACUCGCAGCAGGUGAACGUGACGCUGGGAGCCAACGGCCCGGCUGGCCCGAGUCCGUGGUCCCCGCGCCGAACGACCGAGAGCAACAGGCCGCAGUCCUUGGCGCAAAGACCGUCGAUGAACCGGAACACGGUGUCGCUGCCGCCGCGCUGGAUGAACGCGCCCAGCUGCAGCAUCUGCGCGCAGAAGUUCGGCACCUUCAAGAAGCGCCACCACUGCCGUAACUGCGGCCAGUCCAUUUGCCGCGACCACUCCGCGCGCGAGCGGAUGAAGCUGCCGCACUACGGACUCAGCGACCGCCACCGAGUCUGCGUGGUGUGCCACGACAUGCUGCGUAACGCGAGUCGCCAGGCGCGGCAGCAGCAGAUUACGAUGCAGGCUGCGCAGCGCGUGGCUCCGCAGACGCGAUUGAGUCAGGCCGUCGGCGGUGAUGCGCGUCGCUCGGACGAGGCGCAGCGCUCGCCACCAAACAUGCUCGAGCGUCACGUCUCGGCGCCUGCGCGCGCGUCGAACUCCGCCGCUGGACCGUACCGGGUUGGAAAUGACGCCGCGAUUAACGAGCAGGUCGCGAGCCUGCAGAAGCAGGUCUCGCAACUUAUGGAGGAGAAGCAGCAAGCUGAAAUGCAGCUGCGUGUGCAGGCCGAGAUGCUGAACGACCCUGACCGACUCACGAAUGGUUCUCGCAGCAGCAACACAAGUGGAGGCAGCGCAGGCGGCAUGCCGAUGUCCCGGGACCGCCAGAAUUCGCUGCCCAUGCAAAUGCGUGCAGGUUCCACGACUGCAGCUCCACCAAGUAACCCCGGGCCCGUUCCGAACCCUGGCAUUGCCAUGUAUCGCUCUACGGGCCAACUGUUGAACAGGACGCAGAGUGCAGGCAACUUCCGACCCACGCGCGAGAUAGAUAUCGAUAAUCCCGACUUUGGUAACGAGCAGUCACAGCAGCAACCUCAGCAGCAGCCGUCGCGAUCUAACUCGACGGCGGUAAAUCCUGCUCUGCAGCGGACUACGCGGCUACAGGACGCGCUCAACACAAUCGCCGCCGUCGAGUCCACUUACGACGACAUCGAUGGGUCGGACUCCGAGUCCGACAUUGAGGGCCGCGAGACGGAUAUUGGGGAUCUUCACGAUGCCGAGGCGGACGCUCUGGACGACGUUGCACGGGAAUAUCUGGUUGACGAUGAUGAAGAGGAUGAUGACGACGACGAUGACGAAGAAGCGGUGGUGGAGGCGGCCAAGGCUGCGAAUGUGAAUGUAGUAGACGGGAUUGAAGAUGAGAGCGGAGACGGAGUGGGCGGAGACACGUUGCCAGAAGUGGACGUGUUGGUGAACUUGGGCCACGUUAUGAUGGAGAAGGGCAGCGUGAGCGCAGCGGUGCAGGCUUUCACGCGUGCCGUGGAGAUUCGACCGGAGGACCCUGCACUCCACUCGCUGCUUGGCCGUGCGUACUACGCCGACGAGAACCUGGACGCUGCUGUUGCCUCGAUCGCGCGGUCUUUGGAGCUGGAGCCGUCGGCCACGAACUCCACUCUGCUGGGCAAGAUCCUCUUCGAGAAGGGCGACCACGAGAAGGCCAUCGCGGCCUACCAGCGAUCUCUAGACAUGCAGAAGUGA